CAUAACAGGUUAAUGCACUCCACUGCUUCUCCGCCUUUCUGCCUCAGGAAUGGUUCCGUCUCCCCGAGUGCGGCUUGAUUGAUCAUCAUCAUUAUUGCUGCCGAGUCGCCGGUUGAGGGCGUCUGCAAUGGCCUAAUCUCCAUCACUAGCCAUGUCGAAGCUAUAUUCUGGGCUCCUUCGAGUCCUCCCCCUCCUCCUGUUUCUACUUACCCUUACAGUGUCCUCUGAACACACCUCCAACUGGGCUGUCCUCGUCUCAACCUCCCGAUUCUGGUUCAACUACCGUCAUCUCGCCAAUGUCCUCUCCCUGUACCGGACCGUCAAGCGGUUGGGCAUCCCCGACUCGCAGAUCAUCCUGAUGCUCCCCGAUGACAUGGCCUGCAACCCCCGCAAUGCGUUUCCGGGAACCGUUUACAGUAACGCGGAUCGCGCAGUCGAUCUCUACGGCGACAAUAUCGAGGUGGACUAUCGGGGGUACGAGGUUACCGUGGAAAACUUCAUCCGCCUCCUGACCGAUCGCUUGGAUGAAGAUGUACCGCGCAGCAAGCGCCUGGGCUCCGAUGCAGGAAGUAACGUCCUGGUAUACAUGACCGGCCACGGCGGAGACCAGUUCCUGAAGUUCCAAGACUCCGAGGAAAUCGGGGCGUGGGACUUGGCGGAUGCCUUCGGUCAGAUGUGGGAGAAGAAGCGUUACCACGAGCUAUUGUUCAUGAUCGAUACGUGCCAGGCAAACACCAUGUACACGCAUUUCUACUCGCCGAAUAUCAUUGCGACCGGAUCCAGUGCGCUUGACCAGUCUUCCUACUCUCACCAUGCGGACAAUGAUGUGGGUGUUGCGGUGAUUGAUCGCUGGACAUACUAUGUGUUGGAAUUUUUGGAGACUCAGGUGACGAGCGCCAACUCCAAACUCACGCUGGGCGACUUGUUCGAUUCGUAUGACGAGUCCAAGAUCCACUCCCAGCCCGGCGUGCGGUGGGAUCUGUUCCCCGGUGGCGAGCAAGAGGGCCGCCUACGGACUGUGGCGGAUUUCUUCGGGAAUGUGCAGAACGUCGAAGUUGAGAAUGUCAAUGCGACGGAGCCGGGCUCCCUGAGGGAGGAUCUGAUUGAGAUUGCCCGACUCGUGGCGAGAUGGCGCGCACGCGACCACGAGUCUCUCAUCCGACAGAAUGAGUCGUUUGUGCCGGAAGAUGCGAGUGCGCAUUCGCAGUCUUCCCCGCAUUACACGGUCGGGACGAAGGUCGGGGCUGCGAAGAUGUCCGAGGAGUCUAUGUGGCAGAAGCGGUUUGUCGGGAUAUCCGUCCUGGGCGCGUGUGCUGCUGCCUGGCUUACAGGGUCAAUCUUGGGCGCGUCCUCGGCUUGAACUUGACGCUAUGCCAUUGCGUUCUAUGCGAGUCAUACUGUGCAUUACUCUUAGAAUGCAGUUGGUCACCGUCCUGGAUACUGCAUCCGGAAUUUUAUUGACAGGAUAGCGCGGGGGUGGCG